ACAGCCCAUCAGCCCGGGCUUUCAGAUACAUGGGCCCCACCUGCAUGUGCGUUUCUCUUCUCUUCUUACACUGCAUCACCACCUUCCCCUCACUCCCUUUCUCGUUUCUCUGUUCCAGACAAUCGAACAAACAACACCACCAAAACCAACAACAACAACAACAACAACAGCAACAACGUUUUUGUCGACAAAAAUAGCAAGAAAAAAUGAAGCUGAAGCUGAAGAACAACACGAUGCUCUUCGUUUUCCUAUCUGGGUUCUUCUCCCUCAUCGUUUUCACAACCUCUCAAGACGAUGCUUCAGUAAUGCAAGCUCUCAAGAAGAAUCUCAACCCACCGGAAUCUUUUGGCUGGUCCGAUGCCGACCCUUGCAAGUGGAAGUACGUUGCCUGCUCCGCCGACAAACGGGUCACCCGGAUCCAAAUCGGCCGCCAGAACCUCCACGGCACGCUCCCGGAAACCCUCCAAAGCCUCUCGGAGUUGCAGGUUCUGGAGCUUCAAGUCAACAACAUCACCGGUCCGCUUCCGAAUCUCAACGGGUUGAGCUCACUGCAAGAGCUUCUCAUCAGUAGCAACGGCUUCACCGCCAUCCCUGCUGAUUUCUUCGCCGGCAUGACGCAGCUCUCGUCGGUUGGAAUCGAUGAUAACCCGUUUGAGCCGUGGGAGAUUCCUCAGAGUUUGACAAACGCUUCUGCGCUUCAGAAUUUCUCUGCGAACUCGGCGAAUAUUAAGGGUAAGGUGCCUGAUUUCUUUGGCUCUGAUGUGUUUCCUGGCUUGACCCAUUUGCAUUUAGCCUUCAAUAGUCUUGAGGGUGGGUUGCCCGAGAGUUUUUCUGGGUCGCAGAUUGAGUCUCUGUGGUUGAAUGGGCAGAAGAGUGAGGGGAAGCUUAGUGGGUCACUUGGUGUUUUGCAGAAUAUGACUUCUUUGAAAGAGGUUUGGUUGCAGAGCAAUGCUUUUACUGGUCCUUUGCCGGAUUUUUCAGGGUUGAAAAGUUUGGAGGUUUUGGACUUGAGGGAUAACUCCCUCACUGGUCCUGUUCCAGGUUCAUUGAUGAGCCUCAAAUCGCUCAAGGGUGUGAAUUUGACUAAUAACUUCUUUCAGGGUCCAAUGCCUGUGUUUGGUGAUGGGGUUGGGGUGGAUAAUAUUAAGGAUUCCAAUAGCUUUUGUUUGCCCAGUCCUGGUGAUUGUGAUCCCAGGGUGCAGGUUCUUCUUUCUGCUGUUGAGCUUAUGGGUUAUCCUAAGAGGUUUGCUGAGAGUUGGAAGGGGAAUGAUCCUUGUGUUGAUUGGGUUGGGAUUUCUUGUAGUGAUGGGAAUAUUACUGUUGUCAAUUUUCAGAAGAUGGGUCUUACUGGUAUGAUAUCCCCAGAGUUUGCUAAACUCAAAUUACUGCAAAGACUUGUGCUUGCUGAUAAUAAUCUCACUGGUCCAAUUCCAGAGGAGCUUACUACUUUGCCUGUGCUUACUCAGUUGAAUGUUGCAAACAAUCAGCUCUAUGGGAAAAAACCGAGUUUUAGGAGCGGUAUAAUUGUCACGACAAGUGGGAAUAAUGAUUUGGGGAAGGAUAAAAGCACUCAAUCCCCUCAGGGUCCACUGUCUCCAACAGUUCCUGAUACAAAGGGAGACACAAAGGGAGAAACUGAUGGGAAUUCUGGAAAUAGUGGCAAAAAGUCUUCUUCCCAUGUAGGAGUAAUUGUGUUUGCUGUGAUUGGGGCUGUAUUAGCGUUUUGUUUGAUUGGUUUCUUGGUUUUCUGCUUGAUUAGGAUGAAAAAGAAAAAGUUAAGCAGGGUCCAAAGCCCAAAUACACUAGUUGUUCACCCUCGGCAUUCUGGAUCAGAUAAUGACAAUGUGAAGAUAACAGUUGCAGGUUCAAGUGUAAGUGUUGGUGGUGUUAGUGACACCCACACCAUGCCUGGCAGCGAGGCUGGAGAUAUUCAAAUGGUUGAAGCAGGAAACAUGGUCAUUUCUAUACAAGUCCUGAGGAAUGUUACUAACAAUUUUAGUGAGAAAAAUAUAUUGGGACGAGGAGGCUUCGGAACAGUUUACAAAGGUGAACUCCAUGAUGGCACAAGAAUUGCAGUGAAAAGAAUGGAGUCUGGGGUAAUAGCUGGGAAGGGUGAAGUAGAGUUUAAGUCUGAAAUUGCUGUUUUGACAAAGGUCCGACACCGGCACCUUGUUGCUCUUCUUGGGUACUGCUUGGAUGGGAAUGAGAAGCUUCUGGUGUAUGAGUACAUGCCUCAGGGACCACUAAGUAGCCAUCUUUUUAACUGGUCAGAGGAAGGAUUGGAACCAUUGGAGUGGAAUAGGAGAUUGAUCAUUGCCUUAGAUGUGGCAAGGGGUGUUGAGUACCUCCAUGGCUUAGCCCAUCAAAGCUUUAUACACAGAGACUUAAAACCGUCAAACAUUCUCCUUGGAGAUGAUAUGAGAGCAAAGGUUGCGGAUUUUGGUCUUGUGCGACUUGCACCAGAAGGAAAAGCUUCUUUUGAAACUAGACUUGCAGGAACUUUUGGUUAUUUGGCACCGGAAUAUGCAGUUACUGGCCGUGUGACAACUAAAGUUGAUGUGUUUAGCUUUGGGGUGAUAUUGAUGGAGUUGUUAACCGGUAGAAAAGCGCUUGAUGAAACCCAACCUGAGGAUAGCAUGCACCUGGUAACAUGGUUCCGCAGAAUGUACAUAGAUAAGGACUCGUUUCGCAAGGCCAUUGACCCCUCAAUUGAGAUCAAUGAGGAAACACUUGCUAGUGUUCACACCGUGGCGGAGUUAGCUGGCCACUGCUGUGCGAGGGAGCCAUAUCAAAGGCCUGACAUGGGCCAUGCUGUUAACGUGCUUUCUUCUCUUGUAGAACUAUGGAAACCAUCUGAUCAGAAUUCUGAAGAUAUGUACGGUAUUGACCUUGACAUGUCCUUACCACAAGCACUUAAGAAGUGGCAGGCUUAUGAAGGUGGGAGUCACAUGGAAUCAUCUUCCUCUUCACUUCUUCCCAGCUUGGAUAACACGCAGACAAGUAUACCGACACGCCCGUAUGGAUUUGCUGAUUCUUUCACAUCAGCUGAUGGUAGAUGAUCAUGCUUGGUUGUAAAUAAUUGUAAGAUGGUUCUUGUGUGUGUGUGUGUGUGUAUGUGCAUUCUCCAUGUAUCUUGCUGUCUUUUCGGUGUGAACUUGUUUAUCAUUUUUCAUGGUGUAGUCCUUUUCCAUGAUUAAUCUUAUACUCUCUUUAGCACUAGUUCAGGAGUUGUGAUGACAAACUGAGAAGCGACUCUCAGCAGAGGAUUUGAUUUUCAUCUGA